UAGUCAAGUUAAAGCUAAAAAUCAAUAUGAAGCUCAUCAUUUCGAGUGUUGUGUGCCUCUGCCUGUGCCUGGCCAGCGUUGGGCACGCCCAGCCCGCGUCGAUGCCAGCGGCACUGGACGCCCAGCUGCUGACCAUCGUGGACGAGAUGACGCAGAUUGGCGAGAAUGCGGCCAAGGUUUUGAUCCAUCAGUACGAGGAGAUUGUCGUCGAGCCGCACGAGCAGCUGGAUCAGGCUGUCGAGCAGGUGGAGUCGCGUCGCGUCGAGAGUCCCGAUUGUGUGGCCGAGCAGGAUGCUCAGAUUAACAGCGUGCUGGAUGCUGCGCACCAGGAGCUGCACGAGUGCGGCCUGAGCGCCGCCCGCGAGUCCGCCGAGAUUGUCAGCGAUGUGAACGCGGCCACGCAGCAGUUGGUCUUCGGCGGCUACUCGCUGGGUCGCACCUACAACAAGUGCCAGAGCUACAAGAACGUGGUGCUGCGUCAGUCCUGCAUGGCCAAGUUCUAUGUGCAGGCCACCGUCUAUCUGGUCAGCGCCCGCUCCUCCCUGAAAACCAUCACGCAGAGCACCAACGAGCGCAUCCCCGCCGUGCUCACCCACAGCAACUCCUGCACCCAUGAUGCCUCCGGCAAGGCUGUCGGAGCCCUGGAGGCGGUCACUGGUGACAUCGAUGUCUGCAUUGCCAAGGCUGGUCGUCGCUAAUUCGAUUGGUUCAAUUUUACAAUAAAAAAAAUGAUGUUUAGUGUAUCGAUAAAUAUCGAUUUGAAUGGGAAUAGAGUUAUCGUUGAUGUGAUGUUUAAAUUGUCAAUAAAUAUUGAUUUGAA